AUGUCUAAUCUCACGCUAUCAGAAGCAAAAAAUAAAAGAGCUCACAUAAGAGCAUCGGCGACACGGCUAAAAACUUUCAUAGAAGGUUAUGAUCCUAAUCAAGGAUCACGACACGACAUUACCGAACGUAAGGUUAAGCUAUCAGAUUUGUGGGAUCAAUUUGAAGCCGUUCAAUCGCACAUAGAAACAAUUGAAAAUGAGGAUCCCGCGAAUACAGACAAAGAUGCCCUACUGGCACGACAAAUCCAACAAAGGGAUAGCUUUGAAAAUCCUUAUUUUCAUUUGGUAUCGCGUUACGACACUGUAUUAGAACAUUUCGAUCGGCGUGAGGCUACAGCUUCAAUAUCUAACGAGCUUAAUAAUGUAGGGAACAUCGCACGACAAUCUCGCGUCAAAUUACCUAAAAUAGAGCUUCCAGUUUUUUCAGGCUCUUACGAAGACUGGUACUCGUAUCAAGACACAUUUGAAAAGCUUAUUCACACAAAUGACAUUCUCGAUGAUAUAGAAAAGUUCCACUAUUUACGCUCAUCUUUAAGGAGCACCGCAGCGGAAGUGAUAAGCUCUAUAGAAAUUACAACAGACAAUUAUCAAGAGGCGUGGGCGACAAUAAAGGAUCGUUUCGACAAUAAAAGAUGGAUCAUAAAUAAACACAUCAAGGGGAUGUUCGAAGCACCAUCGUUUAUCAAGGAAAAUCACGUCGCAUUGCGCGAAUUAUUGGAUACCAUUCUAAAGCAUCUGAGGUCUCUUAAGGCUCUGAAAAGGCCCACGGACACAUGGGACGACUUGAUUAUACACGUAAUUACAUCAAAACUUGAUCCCGCAACCAAUAAGGCAUGGGAAACAAGCAUUGUCCAAGGAGACAUGCCAAAAUUGAAGUCUCUCACAGACUUCCUUUCAAAACGUUGUCAAGUGCUAGAAUCGUUUUCUAGUAAGUUGCAUAAUAAUCAACAAAACAAUACUUCUCAAAGGCAUAGCAGUAAGCACAAAAAUCAAUCAGUAUUAAAUGUUACGACUAACGUAUCUUGCCCUCAAUGCAAGGAGAAUCAUUUGAUAUACCAUUGUGAAGCAUUCCUUAAACUUCCGAUAGACAAACGAAUACAGAUAGUUAAAAGAGCUCAUAUUUGUACGAAUUGCUUGAGAUCAACAGAUCAUCAAGCCAGUGCAUGUAAAUCAGGAUCUUGUCGCAAAUGCAAUAAAAGGCAUAACACUUUAUUACACUUAUCAACUUCCAACAACAAUGACAAGAGUCUGAAGUUUAAGGAACCGCUCGCAGAGUCAAAUGAAGCACCACAAGCUAUCGUUACACAAUGUUUAUCAACUCAUCAUUCUGUGAAUAUUUUAUUGUCUACUGCUAUUGUAUAUGUAUAUGAUUCUAAGGAACAGCCAAUUUCAUGUCGCGUGCUACUCGACAGUGGUUCACAAAUGAACUUCAUUACUGAAGAAUUAGCCAAUCAACUGCAUCUUAAGGAACAAACAGUAGAAACCUCUAUUAUAGGAGUCAUGCAAAAAGGCUUUCAUGCUAAAAGAUCGAUUAGCUUGCGUAUUAAAUCUCGUCUAAACAAUUUUAGUGAGGUCAUAGAUUGUAAUAAUGUAAACUCUAUCACAACUAGUUGUCAUUUAGCAGUAACGGAUGACUUAAAUCGGACGCUUAAUCGAUUCUGGGAAGUAGAGCAUAACAUAUCAUCACCUAGUCCUUCGCUGGAGGAAAGCAAAUGUCAAUCUAUUUUUCAAAACAGCACCAGACGAAAUGAUGAAGGACGAUUCAUAGUUCAGCUCCCAAUAAAAGCGGAUAAAUUGAUUGCCAUUGGAGAUUCAAGGGAUAUCGCUCUGAAACGCUUCAAAUCUUUAGAAAAACGUCUCUUGAAGCAGCCGCAAAUGUACGCUGAAUAUAAAAAAUUCAUUUGCGAAUACAAGGAGCUGGGUCACAUGUAUGAGGUGCCCAGUGAUGUGGAGUUCAAUCUUUCCAACACAAACAUUCCAGCUUACUAUCUACCGCAUCAUGCGAUAUACAAGGAAACAAGUAGUACUACCAAACUGAGAGUGGUUUUCGAUGCAAAACAUCAAAUGGUACUUCUCUUAACGACGUGCUAA